UCUGUCUUCACAGAGCCGUUCCCGUUACUCACAAUGAAAGUCUCCAAAAGCUUUGUGGCCACGGUUGUGAUUAUUUCCACACUGCUUGUUCUCACUGUAGUGGCAGUUAUUCUUUUAGCCGUCUUUCUGACUAGAGAUGCUGGUCCGCAAACAUGGAAAAGUUACUACAGAGGAAAUUUGAGAAUAUUGAAUGUUCCCUACAACGAGAGCCUGGCAUCGAGCAACUCCAAGGAGUUCUUUGAGAUGGCCAAUGACAUUCAGACACAACUGAACUUGGUGUAUUCAGAAUCAGAAUUGUCCAAGGAAUUCAGUCGUGGACAAGUUGUAGAAUUCAGCUUUGGGAGCUUGAACGUUGAGCUGGUCCUGGAGUUCGGGGGCAACGGCAGCAUCCCAGCCUCACUGAUGGAUGCAGUGAAGUCGGCAAUCCAGCAAAGCCUGACGCAAGUGAACAUGUCCACCCAGACCGGCUCACUCAACCACUUGCUCAUCGACAUCAACUCCAUCCAGUUCACCGAAAUCAGCAAGUCACAAGCAGAGUCUCUUUUGAAAAAAGUUUCUCUGGAUGGUUCUGCGGCACCAGAUUCCACCGUUGCAACCAGCACGGACGUCCCAACACAACCCACCUCAGUUUCUCUGGAUGGUUCUGCGGCACCAGAUUCCACCGUUGCAACCAGCACGGACGUCCCAACACAACCCACCUCAGGCUGUGGUAAUAAAACUACAACUACCAGUAGGAUUGUUGGUGGGACCAACGCAGAAAAUGGCGAGUGGCCGUGGCAGGUUAGCCUGCAGAUCGGGAGUCACGUUUGCGGCGCCUCCAUCAUCUCCGACCGAUGGCUCAUCUCUGCCGCCCACUGCUUUGAAAGGUAAUUUCACUCAUGUCUUCCUUCAGAUCUCCAUUCACAGCACCAGCGCAAAACCCCCAACUUGGUGUGGGUCACACUUUGGGCGCUAGAGAUUUUCAUGGAAGU